UGGGGGUAAAACGUUUACUGCGAACCCCCAAAACAAGUGUCAGGGUGCUCUACCAGCCAUGUACAAUCAACUGGACUAUAUUAUGAUUACAAUUUGGCGGCGUCUGGUCAUAAAUCCCGCUUAGGGUGUUGGUUUCAGGUGUUUUGUGUAAUACAAGCUAUAAUGUAUGUACCUUUCUUUACAAUAGUGGUGAAUUCCACGGAAUGUUCCACAUAGGAACAGCUGACGACAAUGCCGCACCGAAAAUAUGAACGAGAUGUGAAGGAUUACAAGAAGUAUCAUUAAAUCAAAUGCUUGCUAAUUAACAAUCAGGGUAAAGACAGAGGUUAGAAGGCGCAAGUGCCUCCAGCACCGCUGCUCUCCUCUUCCAGAGUGUGACUCGUCGGUCCCCACGACGUCACCAAUGCGACCAUGGGACAUAGCAGUGAAUAGGUGGCCACCGACAGCCCCCUUGAACCAAAGGAGGUUCCUAGGAGAGCCCUGCAACACACCAGUGCACCUCAGGAGAAGCCCGCCAGUGAGACGACAGUGGGGGAGUCGAGACCGACUGGUUAUACUGCACAACGCCUUGCCACAGGAUGAGAAUUUCCACCACCCUCUCUUCUCCCAGCAACAUCAGCAGGUUCUUUUAGAUGAGGCCAGACAGUACAGCCAUACCAGUGCACCGCCGCGCAUGCUUCACCCUGCCGCACACCCACCUCAGCAUCAACACACCCCCAUCAUGGUGGAGCUACACGACCAGGGAUCCGUUCCCAUCUCUUACACUGUUACCACGGUGACGACGCACGGUUUCCCCAUCCACACCGGGCAACCUCUCCCAGGGUGCAACAGUCAGCAGCUCCCAGCAUGCUCGGUAAUGUUCAGCGGACAGCUCUCUCUGCUCUGCUGCCUUCCUCCUCCUCUCAUCCAAGCCUGUACAAUGCAGCAUUUGCCAGUGUCUUACCAAGCUUUCCCACCCCUGAUCUCCAGUGAACAUUUUAUAUUGCACCCCAAUCCCCCGGGGCCACCACCCCACCAGCCUCCUCACCUUACUCCUCUCAGCCAGUUCCUCCCUCUCCAGAGGCAGCACCCACGCAUGCCUCUCCAGAGGGUAGAGAAUGAAGUGGACCUCAGGGGGGACCAGCAUCCAUUAAGAACGUUCUCUUACCCUGCCUCGAGUCACCACCACCCACCAGCGAUGCCUCCCUCUGUCCCCCUUCAGUACCUCCCUCAGGAGCCUCUGCACCAAGAGAUGCCCUUCCCAGUGCCAUACCCCCACAUGCUGCCGCGACGCGUCAGUGACCACAGGUACCGGUUACAGCUGCCCCCGCCGCCCCCACCGCCGCCGCCACCCUACUACCCAGGCUUCCUGCCGUACUUCCUGUCGAUGCUUCCUGUGCCUCCUACCGCAGUGGGACCAGCCAUCAGUCUGGACCUGGAUGUAGAUGAUGUGGAGAUGGAGAACUAUGAGGCAUUACUGAACCUGGCUGAAAGGCUGGGAGAGGCCAAACCACGAGGAAUCACUAAGGCAGACAUUGAACAGCUUCCAUCCUACAGGUUCAACCUCGACAACCAUCAAUCUGAACAAACGCUGUGUGUUGUGUGCUUCAGUGACUUUGAGUGUAGGCAGCUACUGAGGGUUUUACCCUGCAACCACGAGUUCCACGCUAAGUGUGUCGACAAAUGGUUAAAGACCAAUCGCACUUGUCCAAUCUGCCGGGCGAACGCGUCAGAGGUGCACCGCGAGGUGGAGUGAGUGAUACCCAGGCUUUUGGGGAUCUUUGAUUGGAAAGCAGCACAAAACUAAACCCACAGAGUCUGUCUUAGCGCCUGCCUCGGCCUCAGCCUGCCUGGGGACUCCUGCCACCUACCUAGCCUGCCUGCGUCCCCUCCACCACUACUCCUGCCACCUACCCUGCCUGUGUCCUGCCCCCCUCCCCCCAACACAACUACUCCUGCCCCACCUCAACAACAAUAAGCAAUCUAAGAUUGUAUGUUUGAAGCCCUUCCCUCGGUUGUACCUCUGCUGUGCUUCUACUGCUGCAUCUGAUGAAAAGGCUUACUGCCUGCUACCAACACAUAGCCACAGAGUUGUCCUGUCAGUCAGUCUGCCUGUCAGUCUGCCUGUCAGUCUGCCUGUCAGUCUGCCUGGGAUAGCCCAUUCAUCCACCUCCUCGAUCUGCUCCUCUGCCUUGCCCCAGUGUUGCAGAUUCCAAAGAUGUGACCUACCAUAUGUUGUUAUCGUCGUAGGGCUUUUACGUUUACAAGUUUUUUUUUUUGUUCAUUUAUUUUUUUGUUAUCUUGUGGUUUUGGUUAGUUCUUUGUGACAGAGGUGAGUUGGGAGUUUCCUGCAUGGGGGGGGGGGGGGGGGGGAGGACCUGGUGGAGCGGAGAGAGGGGCGUCACACGUUGUUCAAUCAGCAAGCCAAUAAUAGGAACGCGGUUAAAACUGUAGGGAGACUAGACCAUUCCACUGGCUUGGAGGAGAAGCCUGGCUGACUGACCGUCAUAGUACUGUAGGGAGACUAGACCAUUCCACUGGCUUGGAGGAGAAGCCUGGCUGACUGACCGUCAUAGUACUGUAGGGAGACUAGACCAUUCCACUGGCUUGGAGGAGAAGCCUGGCUGACUGACCGUCAUAGUACUGUAGGGAGACUAGACCAUUCCACUGGCUUGGAGGAGAAGCCUGGCUGACUGACCGUCAUAGUACUGUAGGGAGACUAGACCAUUCCACUGGCUUGGAGGAGAAGCCUGGCUGACUGACCGUCAUAGUACUGUAGGGAGACUAGACCAUUCCACUGGCUUGGAGGAGAAGCCUGGCUGACUGACCGUCAUAGUACUGUAGGGAGACUAGACCAUUCCACUGGCUUGGAGGAGAAGCCUGGCUGACUGACCGUCAUAGAUGCAUGUUUGUGUAGGUGACUGAUGGGCAAAAAGUGUCCUGUCAAUAAUGUAUGUUUUGCAAUAAUGUAUUGAUGAUUUCAAUAGUUUGUUCCCUGUUUUUGUUUGUUGUUUUUUUCAAUCUGCUAAUUGUGAAAGUGUGACUUGCUGUGGUUAAAAUUAGCCUGAGGUUAUGGACACAUCUGGCACUGAGAAUGAUGGUCCAUCACGACCUGUUGGGGACAUAUCCGCUCCUCCACGCCCUGUUGUUCCACACUGUGAUACACAACUGACUGGACUGAGGGAUGGAUGGAUGGAUGGAUGGAUGGGUGGAGGAAGAGGAGAGAUUAUGCUGUGGAGUUUACUUUGUUGUUCUGGUGAAAAGGAAGGAUCCUCAGAUUGGCCCCCAGAGAGAGGAGAGGAGAGGAGAGGAGGGGGGAAAAAAAGCACUGCCUCUCUUUGAAGUCAUCUGCUCUUUCUGCACAAUGACCACAUCCAUCCUCCUCGCCAACGUUGGUCCUCUGGGAAAACCUGUGUGUGAGAGAGAGAGAGAGAGUCUGCUAGAUUCUGGGCAACACUGAAGGAUUUGCAUAGACUGUUGAUUUAAAACUAGCAAUAUUUUAACCAAGUAUCGCCACAACAUUUUAAAUGAAAAAAAAAAAUAAUAACAAUCAAAAAACAAGCAAACAAAAACAAGGAAUGCUGGCUCACCCAGAGAGAGAGGGGUGGGUGGGUGGGGGGGUUCUGCUGCACCUCUGCAUCGAUGAGGGGGACAGGAGGGGGCCUUCACUACCCCAGCAUCACCCACACUGACUGACUGCUGCUUUGGAGGUUGAUACAUAAAGCAGUAUGUGCAAUGAGUGAUGGGUUUAACGUGGACAUUUUUCUUCCUGUUUUUGGAAGAAUCAGGCUUUUAUCUCUUUGUUUGUGAGCCAAAUAUUCAAUAUUACAUAUAUAUAUAAUAUAUAUAUAUAUAUAUAUACUCUUUCAAGAUUUCAGAUAUGCCUUCUCAAGACCUUGAUAAGCACAAAAAUAUUAUUACUUACUAAUCUUUAAAAAGAAAAAAAAAAUCCCUUUGUCAUUUCCACUUGUUUUUAAGAGUAUAGUUUUUAAAUGGUAUUAUUUAUUGGUUUUAGCUAUCUUAGAGACAACGUGUUAAAAGGACAAGGUCAGAGCACUAACAUGGAAGCGUGUGGUUGAAUGGUAUGUGUUCUGUUCCAAAAGGCAACUUAACUUGGUCAGGUCUUGUUGUUAGGCCGUGCUAACUAAUGGGUGUUGUAAAAGAUUCAUGUUGUACGCUGCAUAGCUUCAGUGUGAAAAGCUUCUCGAUAAUCGUCUUGUUUUGAAGACAAAAGAAUGUUUUUAACUCCCUGUUGUAAACAUCUCUAGUGACCUGACAAGACAGACGCUCUGGUCCCAGCUGAGCUGACUGUACUUUUCACAGUGAUGAUCAGAACAGGAAGGGGUUGGAGACAAAGAUGGAGCGCGAAGGGAGGAGUGGUGUUUGGUAGAGUGAUACUGUUGGACAUCUAUAGGAUUUGUGUCCCAAAUGGUACCCUAUGUAGUGCACUACUUUUGACCAGGGCCCAUAGAGACUAGUGCACUAUAUAUAUAUAUAUAUAUAUAUAGUAAUAGGGUUCCAUUUGGGACUGUCCUCAUCUUUGUUCAGAUUUCCAAAAAGGAAUGUUGUUGGAGUAAAAAAAAGAAAAAUCUAUAAAAUGUUACUUCGGGUGUUUUUUGUAAGUGUUGUGUGAGUAGGGGGACUCCUUUCUAUUCCCAACUACACCAAUAAGCACUGGUGGGCAGAUGUAACUUUUAGGAUGGACAUUUUGCUUUCUUGUGUAAAGGGACCGUGCCAUGUUUUUUCUAUAGCGAAUGUGAGUCUCUUUGUGACGUGUGUGUGUGUUACCACCUUUUGAAGAAGAAGAAGAGAGAAAAAAAGCCAUCUGGAUGAGUUUAAAGUAAAAACCCACAGCUUUGAGAGUUAAUCUGUGUACAUAUCUGUUCACUGGCAUAUUAAAAAGAAGUAAAAAAAAAUCCCUCAGGGCUUCUCAGUAUAUAAGAAUAAGGAAAACUGUCUGUUUUAAUGGGACAGAUACCAUGAAAGGUUUGGUGGUGGAUUUCAAUUUUUCUUGGUUGUUUUCCUCAGCCCAUGCAUAUUUUUAAUGUAAUCUAUUCAAAUACAAGUAGUAAUAAUAAUAAUAAUAAUAAUUGUUGAAUUAUAAAAUAUAUAUUUUUUUUUGCCAGAGUAGGUGGAUAUUGCAUCAUGUAAUCAUACAUUUAGUUUGUCUUCUUGAACAACCACACCACCCACAGACAUGUAUAGUUACAUAACGGUUAGGAUCCAAUUUUAAAAACGUGCCAUUGAUGCACACUAUCCUACCUAAAAAAAAAAAAUACACUUCCGAAACAACUCUAAAGGUGUUUGCAUGAUUUAAAAAAAAAAAGUGAAUAAAAAAUAAAACCAAGUGUGUAUUUUCAGUGAAAGAUAUCUAGACAUGGGGGGACGGUGGACUAUUUAACAGUGCACAAUAUGCAUGUCCGACCAGGUCCCAAGUCCCAACUGGUUUUUAUCUAGCUCUAGUUGGCUUCAGGUUCCGUUGUUCAGAUGGUGGAGUUUCGUUAAUGCUCAGCUGAUAACUGCCAUGCAUUGUACUGCACACGUUUGUAACAGAACUGAAUCACUACAAGAUUUUAUUUUGCGCUUUAUUAAAAUUAAAAGUUGCCUGGACUUGGAACUGGGGAGAAAUCCAGGAUUUUAAAGUUAAAGUUUGGUUAUAAUAUGUCUGCUAUGUUGUUAUCGCCUCAGAUAAUAAACAUGUCUAGAACCUAAUUAACUGAAAGCCAUAGUUAAAAAACCAUUCUGAUCUGCUUUAGGUGUGAUGCUGUUUGACAUGAGGAUCUGAUCGGAUGGAUCCUUUGAGCAUGUUGCUAUGCUAAUAGCCUUAAAAUGGUCAGUUACAUUCAACACAGUUAAAGGACAUUUAAAAAAAAACCAAAAAAAAUAUACAUUUUAGUCAAACUAAUAACCUCCUACUUUAUUCUCAAUGUAGAUUUGACAUCUAGAUAGCUUUUAUUUACUUAUUGAAACAUCUAUUUGGCAGGUUUUAAUGACCAUAUUGUAAAGGCUGAAGUCAUUUUAAAAUCAAAACAUAAAGGACAAAUGAAAAUAGAAUCUUGUAGUCUUUCUGUGAUCCAAUUUAAUUAAUAAUCUCACAGCUUGUGUGGCGCAAAGGAAAACAAAUAGAAUAAUAAAAUGGUGUUCCAAUAAUAAGCAGCUAAAAUAAUUUUAUUUAGGAUUUGAUUUCGUGGUUACGCCGUAGAUUUCCACUGUUUUCCAAUGAUCUGUUGCUGUGGUGGGAAUAAUGGUCUGUUUACUGAUUCUACUGCUCCCUCCAGCUUCUAGGGGGCUCCACCCAACAACAGGCCAGGGCCAGGGGCAUGUUCGGUGUUAGAAACCAGAUGUUUGCUUUGGUACUUGCACAUUUACAGUUACCUCAAUUUUGCCAUGUUUGGAUUUAAAAAAAAUAAUAAUAAUAAUAUCUAAUAUAUUAUAUAUAUAUAUAUUAGGAAAAUGGUUCUUAAUGCUAUGUUUUCAUUCCAUUGGAAUCACAUUGUUUGUAGCAUUUAACUAGUUAUAGUGUAUUAUAUAUACAGCUGUACUGAUUGACAUUUUUCAGAUUUGUACUUUUUUAAACUGAAAGUUGCUAGUUUUGCUUUACCGAGUCGUGCAAUCAUUUAUUUUUUAUUUUUAUCGUGGCUGAUUUGAGAGUGUUGUUCACUAAUAAAUGUAUGAUGUAUACCAAUAUUACAACUG